AUGGACGCUCCUGAUACCGCAGACACCUACAUCCACCGUGUUGGGAGGACAGCACGCUUCGACAGGAACGGCAAUGCUCUAAUGUUCGCAACUGAGGUCGAAGAAGCAUCCCUUCUACCCGAGCUCGCCCAGAAGAAGGUGGAUGUGCGUGUGACCUCCAUCAACAGGAGAAGGAUGUUCAAUAUCACUGGUAAAUUACAGAGUCUCCUGGCGUCAGAGCCUGACGUGAAGCACCUUGCUGUUAAAGCCACUCAAGUGUAUGCGAGGGCGGUAGCUCUGACUGGGAGGACUAGGCUUACAGAAGAUGAGGUGGCAGCCUAUGCUCACAGCCUGGGACUGCAUGAAGCCCCUCCGAUAACGUUGCCUACUCAAGAGGAAGUGACCAGUAGAAAGAAAAAGAAGAAUAUGUCUAAGCUGGAGCGGCUGAAGGAGAAGAUUCGACAAAAGAAGUUGGCUAAGAAACAGAAGGAGAUGAGUGGAGAGGUGGGGAAGGAUGAUGAUGAUGACGACGGGGGCUGGGGUCAGCUGGAGGAGGACCUACAAGACAAGAAAGCCACGAAGCUGUCCAAAUUCGAGCGCCGACAGAAGCGACAACAAGAGCUCUUCGCCACCCAAGGUCCGGAGGAUGAGGGAGCUGCUGCAGAGGAGGAUGAUGAUGACGAUGUGUUGGUUACUGUGAACAAGGAGGGUGAUGUCUCUGCUGUAGAGGAGGAACCUGCCACUCAAGCUGAGGCACGAGCUCGGGAUGCUGUUAAGAGGGGUCGACUGCGUGUUAGGAAGGACG